UUGAUGACCCACAACAUUCUGAUUUUGCCAGAUUAAGAUCAGCCCUUUUAAGUUCUCAUUUACAAGAUUUAAAGGAGAUCACACAUGAUUUCUUAUACGAAAAUUAUCGUACAGAGAAACUUAGUAGAAGUGCUGAUAAUACUACCCCUGAGGAUGCCAAUAUCUUGCCUGAUGAUCUCGCUACUCAAGGUGUACGAAUAAAGGAAGAACAAUUGAAACGUGAAGAAGAGAAGUUGAGGGAAAUUGAAUUAAAGGUUCAACGGGAAAUCUCUGAAAAAAGACAGGAACUUUUAGCUAAAGAAGAAGCUUUGAGGAAUUUAGAAGCACGAUUAGCACAAGCUCAAGAUUAUUAA